AUGAUUCAUACAAUGGACGACGAGCAGACCUCUUACAUGCGCCGGCCCUCCGGGCCUUUUUCAUCGGAACCGGGACCCCCUAAUCGCCCGACUUCCCGCUCAUCACGACCAAGUUCACGAGCGCGAGUGGCGAAGCCGUCGGGCGCGGUCACCCCCACCGGUCUUGGGGUACUCACGGAGAAUGUGGUUAAUAUGCCAUCAGACACGCUGGGGCCAACGAGCCCGAUCAAAGAAGGACUGGGGAGUUUGAAUCGUUGGUCUCAGUCCACUGCAUCGAGUAUCAGCCCAUCAGAGUACAACGGUCACCAUCGUCGGGGGAGCUCGAAAAUGUCCCUCGCGAGCUACCAUCGUCCACUGGGCACCCAAAGUCCCCAACGGAUGCCCGGCCCUGGGUUGCCGAUGUUUAACCUCCCGGAGCUAGAGAAUUCCGCCGUUUUCAGCACGGACUCCGCGUCGCACCAGCUGGAUCUUUCAUUCACGGCAUCAAGCAGUCUCUUCCAACCCUCGGGAUACCAUGGUCAGGCAGAUAUAGACUCUCAGGGCCGUUCAGUGACCCGCGCCAACGGAACAAAUGCAUUUCAAGAAGAUGGGGAGCCGGAGGGUCGGCAACAUGGACAAACCCAAAAGGUCAUGUUGUCCAAGGCCCUACAAAAGGCAAACACGGCAGUUCUACUAGACAAUGCCGCCAAUUUUGAGGGUGCCAUGGAAGCUUACACGGACGCAUGCAAUUUAUUGCAGCUGGUCAUGCUUCGCAGCAAUGGCGGAGAUGAGGAGAAACACAAGCUUCAGGAAAUCCGAGAUACUUAUAUGAUACGGGUGACGGAACUUCAUCGCAUGGACUUCCCUGUCCCAGAGAGUGACGACAAAGCCCUACCAGACAGGCCGCUGAGCCAAGAAUCCUAUGGGGAGCUGCUCCACCUAGCGCAUGAUGACUCCCACGAUGAAAGCCAGCUCAGCUCGGCCCAUUCCAGUUUUGGGUUGCAACAAAUUCCUUCGGAAGAAACCAGAGGAUUCUCGCUGGAGACCAUUCCUCCUCGGCGCCAAUCUUUGAAGCCGUCUGCGAUGGAAGAUCAGCCCCGAUCGAUCUCGUUGGGAGUCCAAGGGGAGCCACAGGAAUCCACCUCCUGGCUGGAUACCAUCGAUGAAUCGGGUGCGUCGUCGCCUUCGUCCACGAACUCCAAAGCAUCGUCGGUUUAUCUUCGCCGCCGGACAAGCCGGCGUCUCAGCAAUGAUACCGAGGCUGAAUUUGAUGCGGCCUUAGAUGCGGCCGUCGAGGCCGCAUAUGACGAGGGCUUGGAGCCAGUACAGGAAUACAAGGAGGACGAAAUGAAUGAUGACAUCGUCUCGAAUGCUCGCAGAAAUAUCGAGUUGGCCAAACAAAGAGUGCGCGAGGCUGAGCUAGAAGCUGAGGCGAUGAACCGUGACCACGAGCAGCGCCGAAUUCAGGAGCAAACUGGCCCGGAUGGUGAUGGUCUCAUUGCCCGGGGCUCGGCUUAUUUGGACGAUGAGGCAGAGGAGGAGGAGGAGCGUUUACUGGAGGAAAUGACCAAGGGCUACAUCAUGGAUGACUUUGAAUUUGGCAUACAGUCCAAAUCAGCUCUUCCUCGUGAGUCCGAUUCGAGCAACGUCUCUGGCAAGGCCUGGGAAAGUUCUGCAACAUCCAAUGCUACAAGCACCGGAGGCGCCGCGGCUUUAUCCACCCUUGCCGAGGAUGAUGUCUUGCCACUGGGGGAGCUGAGACCGGAGCCGUAUAGUAUUCCUGGCUCUCCUCCAUCUUCUGCCUUGCCACCUCUUCCAUUGUCAUCUGACUUCCCGACGCCUUCCAAAAGGGCCUCGGUAACCGGCCGCGCCGGGUCAAUUGGCUCUCUCGCCUCUUCCACCGGUCCAGGGGUUCGAGCACGGAGACUUUCUAGCCAGACUCGAGAACUCAAGAUCGAGACCAAUGCCCGCUCCUCCCGGGCGAAUUCCAACGCGUCGUCGGCCCUGGACCCUCUUGCAAACCCUCCUCCACCAGCGCCGAAGGACGAUCCACUGGCUUCUGGCACUCGGUCCAAUCUACACCCGACCCAACGCAACCCGUCGAUGGGCUCCUUAUUGGAGCAUAUUAACCUUUCCCAGGCCCGCACCCACGAGGAUGACGAGACGGAGCUUCCGCCCUUGCCACGGUCCAUGGGCAAAGUGCCCUCAGCUCCAGAUGGAUUGGACAAGAUGCACUCUAAUGCAAAGGCUUUCCGGUCUCGAAAUGCGUCUGUCCCAAUACAAAUUCCAGAUACCGAACCAGGAUCUCCCACUACUCCGUGGAGCGGUGGGUUCCCUGAAUCUCGGAGCGCAUUACCCGGUGGUGUUCCAAUUAUGCCCACUCCAACUCUCGCCAAUUUUAACUUCGCUCAGAAUGGGCUCCCAAGUGGUGGCAUGAAUUUAUUCAGCAGCAAUAUCCACUCUCCUACGGCUCUUGGCCGACCAAACUCGAUGAUCACAAACGCACCGAUUCCUCUCGAGCCAUGCCCCGAGUCAUUCCUUCUACGCCCCUUCUGGUUGAUGCGGUGUCUUUAUCAGACGCUCGCCAACCCUCAUGGAGGUUAUCUGUCAGAGAAGCUCUUCAUCCCCCGGGAUGUCUGGCGCGUGAAGAAUGUCAAAUUGAAAGCCUUGGAAGAUAAGGUAUCCAACUGCGAUCUCUUGACUGCUGCCCUGCUCAAGUUAGCCAAGGUUGAUUCAUACGAUGCCGACGCUGUUCUGGUAGAGAUGCAAUCAUUUGAAGGUGUGCUCGAUCAGGUUCAGAGCUUCUUGUCCAAGAAGCUGGGCAGUGAUGUUGGCGUGCAGGCCUCAAUGCCGCUGUUCAAGCCAGCUUCCACGCCCGACGAGAGCGCUCAUACCGAAGCUGCGCCAAACAAAUCCUACCUUACUUGGAAGAGACUCCGGGCAAAGACCUCUGGGCUCGGGUCAACUACUCCCACCCCAAGUGCCCGAGAGAGUAAUAAAGACAAUCUGACUCUCAACUCGGUUCCGAUGACUUCCGUGAACGGGGCGCAGGUUAAGCGCAAUGUUACCGAGCUCGAGUUCUCUGGUCCCAAUGCGAACUACAUGGGGGCAUUGGCACGUCUUUUUGACGCUGCCCAGGUGCUUGAACAAAUUGCUCAACAGGUUGAGGACCCUGGACUUAAACACUCAUCCAAAACCCACGUUGGUCUAGAACUCAGCACGCGACACGCUGCUGAGUUCUUUGGCUUUUACAUUUGCCGUUUUGCGCUGGCCGAUGUGAGCUUGAUGCUCGAUAAAUUCAUCAAACGUGGGAGUGAGUGGGUGCUGAUCUAG